AUGAAGAUAUUUUAAAUGUUAAUUGUCUUUUCAUAUUUGGAGACUCUUCAAUCUUUAUAUAUGACUAAGAUGAAUACAUUUUAUUAAAUUUUCAAAACUAUCCUAGAAGUGAACAAUGAAUAUACAGAUAAUAAGGGAAUAUUCAUUGGAAUUUGGUCACAAUACACUCCCUAAAGUAUAAUAUAAUAAGUAGGACAUGUUGGAUUAAUGGAUAGUGAUUGCUUUCUUUAUUUGACUUUAAUAGGUUAAACUUCAACAAAUUUGUAACUAAUUUCUUAUGAUUGCCUUUAUCCUGAAACUAAGACCAUCUCAAAGUUUCUAUCCUUCAAUGCUAAUGAAAAAUAAUAAAAUCUGAUUAAAUUAGAUAUUGACCCAUUUGAAUAUGAAAACUGUUGGUAUUAUUUUUCAUUAAUAUAUCGACCAUCAAUUAGUAAAAUGGAAUAUUUAAUAGUUAAAGGAGAUCAACUAUUACUUUAUGAAAAAAUGAAUGCAGAUAUAUUCAAUAAAGAAAAUUUAAUUAUGACCAUAGGUGGUGGUCUUAUUGUACAAAAUUCAAAUAUUGAAUCAAUAGAAAAUGGAUCAAAAUUUUCAUAUUUUCCAGGAAGUAUUUAUUAAGUAGCAAAUGGAAAAAAUUUAACAAGUUUAAUUCCCUAUGGAUAAGGACAAGACUAUUAAAUUUAUUUUAAACAAAGUUCAAUUCGUGUGAACUUUAAAUGUAACUGUUUAAAAAACAGUUAACCGAAAUUAUAAGAUUAAGAUAUAAUAUUUUUGGAUAAAAAAACCUUCAUUUCAGAAAAUAUAAAUUGUGAUUCCUUUAUCUUAUCUGGUUGGUAUAAAAUAAACGCAAUUCAUUAAGUUGAUGAUAAAUUUACUUAUCAAUUUUUAAAGUUGAUGGCUAAUUUUGAAACUGAAUAAUUAUCAAAUUCUAAUUUAGCACCAUUUCAAUUAUUCUAUAAGAUAUCUCCCUAUAGUAAUAAAUUAAUUAUUACAACUUAUAGUUAUAAGUUUCCUUCUAUUACUUUGGAUUUUACUAAUAAUUUAAAUACUUUUAUUAUUAAUUAAGAGUUUGAAUUAAAUCACAAAAUAACUCUAUGGCAUAGUUUAUUUGUUAACUUAGUAUAGGAUAAAAUUAAUAUUUAAAUUAAAUAUUUUGAUUCUUAUGAUGUUUAUGAAUAUUCUGUUUCAUUUAAUGUCAAAUAAUUUCAUAAUGUAUAAUAUAAAUUAUUGUAUGGAAAUUUAAUGAAAUUCUUUAACAAUUAUCUAGAUAUUUAAACCAGAAAUUAAUUAUUUUUUAAUUGCUAAUAAAAAAUAGAAUAAUAAAAUUGUCAUUAUACUUGUUUAGAAUGUGAUGGUCCAACUUAAACUGAUUGUUUAUAAUGUUCUGAAAUAUCAAAGAGAAUAUAUCUACCAUAAUAUAAAACAUGCAUAUGUCCAUAUGAUUAUUUAGAUGAUCAAAUUAAUUAAAAUUGUAUAUCUCACACUAAUUUAAAAUUAAUAGUUACUUCAUUACCAAACUUUAAUUUAUGUUAAUUUGGUUAUUUUGAAUCUGAUGAAACAUGUCAUAAAUGGUAUUAAUUUAUUAAUGAUAUAGUCCUUCAAUUAUCUCUGAUAAAUUGAUAACCUGUUUAGAAUGCAUAAAAAAUGUCAAAGGAUGGAGUUAAAAUCCGUAUUGUUAAACAACUAUUUAUAUAAAUCCAAAUGGAAAUACAGCUUAAACAAUAUUAGAAGAAGAAUAACUUUAAUAUAUUUAUGACGGUUAAAUAUCUUAAAUUUGUAGAUAUUGUAAUAAAUACCCAAUAUCGAAUAUUGAUAGUACAUUUUACAUCUAUGAAUUAAUUUUAUUAAAAUUUAAAGCAUUUUGCUAGCUUAAUCGAUGGAUUCUUGAUGAUGAAUUUGAUGAAAUAAAUGAAGAAAUUGAUUAAAGAUUAUGUUAUGAAUGUAAAUUUCCAAAUUGCUUAGUAUGUUCUAUUGAAAUAACAGAAAUUAAAUGUAUAUAAUGUACUUCAACUUUUAAUUUAUAAAAUGGAAUAUGUACAAGAAAUAAAAAUAAUUUAUCGUUAACAUAUUGUCUUUCUCCUUAUUAUUUCAACUCAAUUGGAGAAUGUAAAUUAUGUCCAAUUAAAUAUUGCUAAUAUUGUUUUGAAUAUAAUAAAAUUGAUUUAUCCAAAUGCACUUUAUAUGCAGACUUUGAAUAAUUUCCAUUUGAUGAAAAUUUAGGUAUAGGAUGUGCACUUUGUAAUUAAGAUUUUAUUUUUGAUUUUAAUAUUGGUGAAUGCCUUUACCAAUAACCUACUUUACCUAAUUGUUUAAGGUCAUAUGUAAAUUUGUAAAAUUAAGAAAUAUGCACUUUAUCAUACACUGAUUUUAGUGUAGCUCUAGAAAUAAAUAAUUGUGAAAGGUUUAUAUAAAACUGCUUAUAAUGUAUUUUUAAUAAUUUAUCUAUUGUUAAAUGUAUAAUUUGUAAAAGUGGGUUUACAAGUUCUAUCAGAUUUGGAUAUUGUUAUCCAAACACUUUAGUAGAUGCAAAAAUUGUAAUCGAAGGUGUGGAUGCUUUUAGAGAUGGUUGGAUAUAAAGAAUAUAGAGUUUUAUGAUGAAAUUCUUACCAAAUUACUAUUUUUAUUCAAGAUUUUAUACAAGCUCUUAUUAAAAGGAAUUUUAAAUUGAAUGUAAUGAAGGAUACUCCUUAGAUCCUUCAAUUAAUUGUAUAAAAUUUUGUGAUUCAAAAUGCAUGGAUUGUUAAUAUUCAACUUAUAUCAAAAGAUUUUAUUGUGCCUAAUGCCCAUUAAAUUCUCAUUAUUAGCCUAUUCUUAGUGAAGAAUUUGGCUAAUGUACUGGAUGUCCAAAAUUAUGUCAAAUUUGUCAGGAAAGGUCUGAAACAGAAAUAUAUGUAAUUAUUCUUAAUAUUUAAUAGAAACUAAAUUCGAAGUUUAAGAUAAACGAAAAAAAUAGAAUAUAUACUAAGAAAUGUAUCAAAACAAUAUCAAAUUCAAAUGUUAUUCUUGAUCCUUACUUUUAAAUGGCUAAAUAUUGCUAUAAUUCCAAUUGUAAUUCAGAAUACACAUAUAAAUUCAAUUAAAUAUAUGAAUAUUAUCAAUAAAAUCCAAUCGAUAGCAAUUAAUGUUACUAACUUGAAAUUAAUUCAUUAACUUUUCAAUUUGAUUUAAAUGUUUAUUACCCAGAUCCAAAUAAAGUCAAUUAUUUUGAAUUUUUAAGUGAUUUGAAAACAGAAGUUUUUGUAUUACAAUUUUUUAAAAUUCUUAUAUAUCUAUAUUAAAGGAAAUAUGACUAUGCAUUAUUUUCUGGUUUUGAUUGUAUAGAAAUAAAUGAUGCUUAAUUUAAAUUUACAGAUAAAAGAUAUUUUUAAAUUGCUAAUGAUAAUUAGAUUGUGAAUUUAAUUUUAAAUAAUUUUACAAUUGAAUAUAGUGAAAUUUAAGAUAUUCAUUCUCUAUUUGAUUCAAAGUUAUUUGGAGAUAUUACUUGGAAUAACAUUUAAUUGAUUAAUUCCAAUUUUGAUAAUUCAUCAUUAUUAAAUCUAAAAAAUAACUUGAGUUAAGGAACAAUAAAAAUUGAAAAAAUGAUUUUGUAAAAUUGUAGCCUUAGAAACUCAUAACUAUUUUCAUUUUCUAAUAAUCAAUUUAACAUUUAGAUUGAAUAAUUAAUUAUUAAUUCAUCCUCAUUUUUUAAUUCUUCAAUUAUCAACUUUUUUACUAAUUUCGUUGAAGAAAGCAAAUUGAAAAUUCAUGGUUUAACAGUUACAUAAAGUCAGUUUCAUUAUUCAUAUAUUUUAAAUUGUACUGAUCAACUUGAAAUUAGCAUUACUAAUUUAAUAUUUGUAUACAAUUUGAUUAAACUUUCAACCAUAUUAGGAUUUAAUUCCAAUUUUACAUUAUUAUAAACUUAAAUAAAUAAUAAUACUUUUAUUGAAUCAUAUUUUGUUGCUUCUUUUUAAACAGAAACCAAAAAGAAAUUAUAUUGUUUAAUAGAAAAUUAUUCAGCUUAUCAAAAUGAAUUUAAAACUUCCAUUCUAUUUUAUAUAGAAUCAAGUAUUUCAAAUAAAAAUUUUUAUUAUUAAUUAAGAUCCAUUCAACUUUAGUAUAAUCAAGGAUAAACUAAAUAAUAACAAAAAGACAUAAGUCUAUUUACUAUCCGUUGUUUUUAAGUAAAAAUAGAAAAUAUUCAGAUAAUUAAUUCAAAUAAUCUAAGAAUAUUCUAUUUAUUUGAUGUUUCUCAAAUAUAAGUAAAAAAUAUUUUAUUUGAAAAUAACAAAAUUCAUAAUAAAAUUCCAUUAUUUGUAAACUGUUCAGAUUACUAAAAUUUUAACAAUCAACUCUUUUUUAUUUCAGGAUAUACUAUUAUUACCCUUUAAAAUAUUAAAGUAUUAUAAUUCUUUAGUAUUGAUUUAUCAUUAAUAGAAAUAUCUUCAAAUAGGAAAAGUGCUACUACAGUUUCUUGA